UAUAAUACGUCUUAUAUAUGUGUAAUAGUAGUUCGAAAUAAUAACGUGAUAGUUCGGUAACUAUUACGUUAUUACCUAAAAAACGUUAUCUACGUGUGCCACUGCUACCUGGGAAGUACGUCUAAUUAUUGCCUUUUCGAAACCAUUUGCCGAUAACGUCUAACUUGAGACGACCAAGCCUGUGCCACGAAAGCCAAAAUAGAACAAAAGGAACUUGAACUGCAACACAAUUCACGAAUAAGAAUAUUGUGAAUUCGGUAUGCAUAACAAAGAACUGAGGAAGAUAUAGACUACACGCGCCCUGAUAAGAGUUUUGUGAUAAUGUUUAAGACAAAAAUACCGUACUUAUCCACUAAUCUUUAUUUUGAGAGAUCGACAAGACCAAUAAAUAGGGUUAAAGCAAACAAAUCAGUUAUAGUCAACUUGAGAAAUGACGCCAAUUUUGUCGGUGCUACUUAUAAUCGCGUAUUCAACAAUUGUUUCGUGUGAUGAAGACCCGUUGGUGUUAACUCCUUUACUGAAUAGUGGAAAGCAUGAAGAAGCCCAAACAAAGUCAAAAGUGAACUUAGCCGCGUUGCCGAAUAUCAGCAGCCAUUCCGGUUACUUUAAAGUUUCGGAUACGCACAACUCGCACAUGUUCUUCUGGUUUUUCAAAUCGGAACGUAAUGUUACAACUGAUCCUAUAAUACUUUGUUUACAAGGUGGUCCCGGUUUCACUGCACUAAUUUGGCCAUUUUUGGAAAGCGGCCCGCUGAAGGUAAACUCAGAAAUAAAACUCGAAAAAAUGCCGAACUCGUGGACGUCGUUUGCUUCGGUCUUAUACAUUGACAACCCGGUAGGCGUUGGCUUUAGCUUUGGAGAUAGAUACCCCAAUAACAUCGACGCGGUCACUGUAGAAUUGUACGACGCCGUUCGUCAGUUCUUUCAACUGUUUCCGACCCUGAAGACCAACGAGUUUUACAUUGUAGGCGAAUCGUAUGCAGGAAAAUAUGCGAGCCGGCUCGGUAAGAAGAUUUUAGAGAUUAACGCGGCGGAUUCCAAUAAAACGAUCAACUUGGUCGGGAUUGCAUUUGGUAACGCUUUAGUUGAUCCUCAGCGUCAAUUCAAAUACUCAGAAUACCUGUUUCACACCGGUCUAAUCUCUAAGGCCGCAAAAGCGAAGAUAAAGGUACUUGAAGAUAAGCUAGAAACGGGCGAUAGUGCAACUGUCUUUGAAGAAUCUGGGAAAAUAUACGACGAAUUCACUAAAGAGUCGGGAUAUCAACACAUAUACAGUAUUAAGGACCAGCUUGGUGAUCAUGUACUUGGGAUGAUAAAAAUGGAUAUGUUUGUAGAUAAUGAGGACUUUAAAAAAACCUUGCAUGUCGGAACUAACGAAUUUUUACUUUACAACGGGGAUAUAGCGGGUGCACUAACAGAUUUAUUAGUCCCAAUACCCAAAGAUGUGGAAUAUCUAUUGGGGAAAAUUAGAGUUCUUGUAUACGAUGGACAAAGUGAUGUUUCUGUUCCGUUGGUCGGCACUAUAAACUAUUUAAGACAAUUGAAUUUUGAUGGAUCUUCCGAUUAUAAAAAUGGGGAUAGGGAAAUGUGGAAAUUGAAUAACGUACUUGUUGGUUACAUUACGAGAGCAAAGAAACUUACACACGUUAUUGUGCGCAAUUCUGGUCAUAUGGUGCCAUUGGACCAACAUGAUGUUGCUUAUAAUAUGAUCAUGAAGUUCUUAAGUAAGACGCUUUAGAGAAAACUGUAUUUACCACUUAUUGGGUGUUGUAGGGCGAUUAAAAAAUGUUAAUAGACCUUCAUUUUAUUACCUACUUAAGAACUUAUCAAUAAAUUGA